GGGCUCUUGCAAGAGAUGCACCGCCGCCUCACCGCCGCUGCCGCGGCCACUGCACUCCGGCGGUUCUGCAGCCAGCGCCCGCCUCCGCCACCGGACCGGCGGCUCGCCUUCCUCCGCUCGGAGCUCGAAGACCUAGACCUCUCCCGCGCACCAGCACAACCGCCGUCCCGGGAGCAAUGGCAAGUAACCCAAGAGCCAGGAAGCGGCGGCGCUCGCGCGGGGGACAAGCCCGUGGCCGUGGACAUCGCCCACCCGUGGCCGGAGUGGGUGGCGCUGAUGGAGUUCCUCCUCCACAAGGGCCACCUCGACCCCUCCGCCUUCGCCGGCGCCGCGCCGUCCAAGGACUCCAACCUCGUCCGCACCGCCUGCCUCCGCUUCGGGCGCGAGCGCCCGGAGAUCGUCAGGUAUCUGUCAAGAUGGGAUAUUCAGGUCGCUCUGCGUGGUGGGUGCCCUAGCAUUGACAGGAAAGUUAUUAAUUCUGGGAAGCGACUGCGUGCGCAUGUAGGACUUGAUGAAGGAGAGGUUUGCAGCCAAUGCAAUUUAAGGGGAAGUUGUGAGAGGGCAUAUGUCAGGGCUCGUAAAGAGGAAGUGGGCAGAACUGUGGAUGUUAUGCGCAUCCUCCUGACUUAUGGUCUUGAUAUCAUUACUGGUAAUGUGGGGAACAAAGCAUGCCUAAACAAAACUGUUAAAGAAUCCAUUAAGAAACUACUGAAUGAGGUUGUCGAGCUCGAUUCCAAGGGGCCUGGUUCCACAACUGAUAAAGCUGCACAACGCAUGUCAAAAGGUCAAUCUGCUGUACCCGUGAAGCAGGGUGACUGGAAUUGUCCCAAAUGCAACUUUCUUAACUUUGCAAAGAAUAUCAAAUGUUUGCGCUGCGAUGGCGAAUUUCAAGAGAGAUAUCACUUAAUGCAUGAGGACCAAGAUCAUCUACCCCUCAAAAAAGGUGAUUGGAUAUGCAAAAGGUGCAACUUUUUGAAUUUCGCAAAGAACACACGAUGCUUGCAGUGUCAUGACAAACCAACAAACCGUUUACUCAGUCCGGGCGAAUGGGAGUGUCCUUCGUGUAACUAUCUGAACUUCAAGAGGAAUGCAUUCUGCUUGAAAUGUGGUUGGAAAAGACCAAAAGCAUUAAACGACCAAGACACCAUCGAACCACACCGCGAUCUGGAGCAGAAUAAGCACCCCGCUAUUUCAUUCGUUCAAGAUGGCAUCCAGCCGACAUUGCGAAAGCGACAACUUGUGCAAAAGAGGGCUCCACUAUCUGAUGAAGAUUCAGAUUUCUGGAGCUCGGAGGAGGCAGGGAACGAUGACGACGACGACAAUGAGAACAGCAUGCUCCCAAUGCACAGGGACUACAAAUUCCUCGACAGUUUCCCCAUUGUCGGGGGCAGGAGCGCUACUUCCCAAGAACCUUUGGAGAGGGAAAAAUGGAAGGAGGAGAUGUCCAGGGGGAACCAGGGGCUUCCAGGAGAGGCAUCAGAAGAAAGUAAUCGCCCCUCCCCUCGUGUUCCCAGAAGCAUGGAGAUGCUCGAGUCCGAGGACGACGACGACGAGAUCUCAUCAUGGUUUUCUGGUGCGAACAGUAGUAGAAACCUGAAAAGGUACAACUUCCGUGAGAACAUGAUGGGGGUGGCAAGGAAAUUGCUUGCCGGCAGCCGAGUCAUUAUCCCUAUUUAUCACUUGGCAACUUGGGCUCCUUCCUCCGGCCCCAGUCCAGUACUGUGCGGAAGCGCAUCUCUCCUCCUUUUUCUCCCCCCGCUGAGCCGGAAAAAGGCUUUCUUUGCUUCACGCGGGGCUUCGGAUAUUCCUUGUCCUCGCGGCUCAGCCACCGCGGAAUCCAUCCAGCGCAGCUCAGGGGGGCAGGAGGAGAGGCGGCCGAAGCUGGAGGUGGAAGACGGGCUCGCCAUGGGCUCCGAGGGAUCCGCGCCGGUCGUCGUUCCCAGAAACUUUAGACUUUUGGAAGAACUUGAGAGAGGUGAGAAGGGCAUUGGUGAUGGAACUGUGAGCUAUGGGAUGGAUGAUGCUGAUGACAUAUAUAUGCGCUCCUGGACAGGAACUAUUAUUGGUCCACCCAAUACUGUUCACGAGGGACGAAUCUAUCAAUUGAAGUUGUUCUGUGAUACAGAUUAUCCAGACAAACCACCGACUGUCCGGUUCCAGGCUAGGGUCAAUAUGACAUGUGUGAAUCAAGAAACUGGAAUGGUUGAUCCAAGACGAUUUCCUAUGCUUGGAAACUGGAAAAGGGAACAUACAAUGGAGGACAUCCUCAUCAGCCUUAAAAAGGAGAUGUCAACCCCUCAGAACCGCAGGCUCCACCAGCCUCAUGAAGGCACCGAUGAUCAGAGAGUGGAGCAGAAAGGGCUAGCAGCUAGAUGUGUCGUUAUGUAAGUUACGCGCAUUGCAAUGUACAGUGUUACACUGAGUAGCAUCAGAAUGCAGAAGCUGAGGAAACCCAGGAGGAAAUCAUGUAAUUUGACAGUCGCUAGUCGCUACUUUCGAUCGAAACUGCUUUAUUGCCGAAAUAAAAUGCCAAUGACUCGAA